GCACAAAACUAAAAAGAUCAUCUAUCUGGGCUCUGGGCUUAUUACGAAUUUCAUCAAGCAUCUGCGAACUCAAACGCAAACGCGCUACGAACAUGGAACAAGAAGCGGCGGAGACACUGGUUCAGGCGGCGAGCUCCGAUGGGUCGAACCCGAAGGGGCCAGACGAGUCGGAGGCUGUGAACCGGGCAAGGAAAUUGCUGUUUCGGCGGAUGCUAGUGGGGAUAAGAGAUGGGCGGUUUUUCUUGGGAAAUUUUCACUGCAUUGACAAACAAGGAAACAUCAUUCUUCAAGAUGCAGUGGAGUAUCGUAGCACGCGGCGGUCUUCGCCUUCUCCGAUGGAGCAGCGGUUCCUCGGUCUCAUUCUUAUCCCUUCUUCUUGCCGUGUCUCUUGUCAUGUUGGUUGCUCUGUUGAAGAACAAUUGUCUCUGCUUUCAUUCUAGGAAGAAAACUAGACAUAUUAGGGUCCUGUUGCUAUUGGGAUAUCUAGAACAAGUGUUUGAGUAUGUUUGAUUUUAUGAAUAAUGUUAAAACUGUUUUGCAAUCCUAUGUUGUUUUUAGCUUUCAUAAAGCUUCAUUCAUGUCAGAUUGUUUCUGAGCAUUGUGUGGCUACCCAUGAAUUCGAUUUUUCUUUCGUAGAUGUUCGUC